AUCACCCACAAUGCACCGCUACUGUCACAACAACACGUCGCCAUUUCACGGAUGGGGGGGGACAGCUGAAACUCCUGCAAAAUAAUUUACGUCACCGGAGAUAUAGCACAACACACGAACAUUAUCUAAAAGAAAACUGUAAAUGUGGCGAUAUUUGGCACGGGUGAAUGUGCCGGCCGGGGUUGAAGUUGCCAGUGACCGGAGUUUUUCACCUCAACAGCUAGCCAGCUGCCAAGUGUAAACAUAAGUAUAGCUUCCCCUACCUGGGCUCGAACCAGGGACCCUCUGCACACAGACAACAACAGCCACCCUCGAAGCAUCGUUACCCAUCGCUCCACAAAACCCGCAGCCCUUGCAGAGCAAGGGGAACAACUACUUCAAGGUCUGAGAUGAAGAGGGUGAAAGGAGAUGAGGAUGCCUGCAGCUCUUCCAGCGAGGGCCCAACCGAGUCCUGCAAGAAGGUGCGGAAGGUACAGCCAAGCAAAGAGGAGGAGGAAGAAGAGACUGAUGUAGAUCUCUGCGAGUUUGGCUUCGACUGGGCACUGCUCCCUCAGGAGAUCCUUCUCAACAUCUUCCAAUUCCUGCCUCUUCUGGACCGGGCGUAUGCCUCGCAAGUGUGCCGCGGCUGGAACCAAGCUUUCCACAUGCCCGAGCUAUGGAGGUGCUUUGAGUUUGAGCUGAACCAGCCUGCCAGUUCUUACCUGAAGGCGACACACCCGGACCUAAUCAAACAGAUCAUCAAGAGGCAUUCGAACCACCUGCAGUAUGUCAGCUUCAAAGUGGACAGCAGCACAGAAUCUGCAGAGGCAGCAUGUGACAUUCUCUCCCAGCUGGUGAACUGUUCACUAAAGACACUAGGGCUCAUCUCCACGGCCAGACCCAGCUUCAUGGAGUUGCCCAAGUCUCAUUUCAUCUCGGCCCUGACGGUGGUGUUUGUCAACUCCAAGUCUCUGUCAUCUCUGAAGAUCGACGACACACCGGUGGAUGACCCGUCCCUGAAGGUCCUGGUGGCCAACAACAGCGACACGCUGAGGAUGUUGAAGAUGAGCAGCUGCCCUCAUGUCUCCCCUGCAGGUAUCCUGUGUGUGGCGGACCAGUGCCAUGGCCUGAGGGAGCUGGCGCUGAACUACCACCUGCUGAGUGACGAGCUCUUAUUAGCCCUCUCCUCUGAGAAACAUGUGCACCUGGAGCAUCUCCGCAUUGAUGUGGUCAGCGAGAACCCCGGGCAGCACUUCCACACCAUCAAGAAGUCCAGCUGGGACGCUAUGGUGUGCCACUCGCCGAAGUUCAACCUGGUUAUGUACUUCUUCCUCUACGAGGACGAGUUCGGCCCCUUCUUCAGGGAGGAAGUCCCCAUCACCCACCUCUACUUUGGUCGCUCAGUCAGUAAGGAUGUGCUGGGCCGCGUGGGGCUCCACUGUCCCCGGUUGGUGGAGUUGGUGGUGUGCGCCAACGGGCUGCGGCCGCUGGACGAGGAGCUAAUCCGCAUCGCCAACCGCUGCACCCAGCUGUCGGCCAUUGGACUUGGGGAGUGUGAGGUGUCGUGCAGCGCGUUCGUGGAAUUUGUGAAGAUGUGCGGUCGGAGGUUGUCCCAGCUGUCCAUCAUGGAGGAGGUGCUGAUUCCCGACCACAAGUACAACCUGGACGAAAUCCACUGGGAGGUGUCAAAGCACCUCGGCCGUGUCUGGUUCCCCGACAUGAUGCCCACCUGGUAGAGCCGUUGAAGGGGGCUGUGGAUUUACUGUACACAGUUUGACAUACUUUUCUCUUUUUUUCCCACCUUGAAACUCUGUUCGAAGCAUCCGUGGUGUCCAUGUUGGCAGCGAAGGAACAACCGAAGAUAAUCGUGUUCUAUUUAAAAUGGGAAUUUUUCAGGGAUGUUAUUUUUCCUGAUUAAUCAGGAAUUCCUACCUUUCUCACUGUAUACUCCAUUCAUAUACACUGAACAACAAUAUGAACGCAACAUGUAAAGUGUUACAAUGUAUCAUGAGCCGAAAUAAAAGAUCCCAGAAAUGUUCCAAAUGCACAAAAAGCUUAUUUCUCGAAAAUGUUGUCCACAAAUUUGUGUAGAUCCCUGUUAGUGAGCAUUUCUCCUUUGCCAAGAUAAUCCAUCCUCCUGAUAGGUGUGGCAUAUCAAGAAGCUGAUUAAACAGCAUGGUCAUUACACAGGUGCACCUUGUGCUGGGGGCAAAAGGCCACUCUCUAAAAUGUGCAGUCUUGUCACAGUACACAAUGCCACAGAUGUCAAGUUUUGAGUAAACGUGCAAUUAGCAUGCUGACUGCAAGAAUGUUAACCAGACCUGUUGCCAGAGAAUUUUGUUUAAUUCUCAACCGACCUCGCAACCGCAGACCACAUGUAUGGUGUCGUUUGGGCGAGCGGUUUAGAGAUUUCAACGUUGUGAAAACGGAGUGCCCCAUGGUAGCUGUGGGGUAAUGGUAUGGGCAGGCAUACGCUACGGACAACGAACACAAUUGCAUUUUAUCAAAAAUACCGUCACGGGAUCCUGAGGCAUGAUAAUGCACGACCCCAUGUCGCAAGGAUCAGUACACAAUUCCUGGAAGCUGAAAAUGUCCCAGUUCUUCCAUGGCUUUUAUUUUUGUAUUUUUUAUUUUUUUACACACGUAAUAUGUAUCUGUUGUGACCAACAGAUAUAUUAUAUCUGUAUUCCCAGUCAUGUGAAAUGAAUUGAUUUAAAUUGACUUAUUUCCUUAUAUGAACUGUAACUCAGUAUAAUCUUUGAAAUUGUUGCAGUUAUGUUUGUUCAGUAUAUUUAAAACUGACCUGUCUCCUAGAGCUCAGACAAAACUGAUUUUCCAGAUUUUCUAUUGAUCACAUCCAUGAAAUGUAUUAAGUUCUUGUUAUGGGAUAUUUUGCAUCAACACAGUCUAGUUUUCCAAACUCUGUACUGUAUGGCUUUGUGGUAGAGGAGCACACCCCUCCCCCAGGCGUAAGAGGCUACACUGGUCAGGGACACAGGGUGGAGUUUUUUUGUUAACUCAUGGUACAAACAGUUAUGCUAUGGCUGAUUUUAUUGAUAUAGCGCAUCUGUUAGAAAACACCAACCCUAUUUUGACCGGGGUUGUAGCCCCUGCUGCCCACACAAGACAGCCACCACUACACAGCACUGCAGCACACCUUCUUAAGAAGAGGUAGCCCCAAUUAUCCUGAGUGGUGUACUAUGAGGCCAGCUAUACUGAACAAAAAUAUAAACAACAUGCAACAAUUUAAACGAUUUGACUAAGUUACCAGUCAUAUAAUCAUUAAAAUAAAUAACUGAAGCCCUAAUCUAUGGAUUUCACAUGACUGGGCAGGGGUGCAGCCAUGGGUAGGCCCACCCAAUCAGAAUGAGCAGGCAGCACAGUUGCAGGAUUGAGGCUUGCAAACACGCUCCCUCAACUUGAGACAUUUGUGGUGUUGUGUGACAAAACGUGGCCUUUUAUUGUCCCCAGCACACGGUGCACCUGUGUAAUGAUCAUGCUGUUUAAUCAGAUACUUGAUAUGCCACACCUGUCAGGUGGAUGGAUUAUUUUGACAAAGGAGAAAUGCUCACUAAUGGGGAUCUAAAUACAUUUGGGCACAACUUGAGGGAAUUAAGCUUGUGCAUAUGGAACAUUUCUGGGAUCUUUUAUUUCAGCUCAUGAAACAUAAGACCAAUACUUUACAUGUUGCGUUUAUAUUUCUGUUCAGUAUAGAUCUACUCAGGCUUUUAUAAAGCUAACCAGCUUCAGUUAGCUUCACAUUCCAGGUCAGGCUUCAUCCAUACUACGAUGGUGGAUAUUGCUUGUCCACCUGCCGCUAACUCUAGCAGGCUUGUAACUGCCCAUGGUUAGUCAAACUCUUCACUGAGACAAUGCUGAAACGUCCAUCCAUGGGUGAGUCAGUGGCACAUUUUAAUUUGUGCCGAAAUCAAAAUGAAAUCUGGGAAAUUCAGCAGGCUAUGGUAUGAAAUAGGCUUUUAGAAGUGCCGUCUUUGGUGUGCUUAUCACUGUACGAGCAUCUUUUUCCUCGCUCCUAUCUGUGGAACAGCUUGUUGCAUUGUGGCCAUAGACAUAUAAUCCAUAGAAUAGUUUUUUUUAACCUAUAACCCUGGCAAUUUGACUGUUCAUUUGACUGAUUAACUCAUGGGUACACUAGCAAUGGUUUCCAGUCUUGACUUGAAUGGGAACAGCCAUCUAUGGAUUUAUGUCUAUGGUUGGUUGCGGCUGUCAGUUUGCCUUUCACAAAUUUCUAAAUACAAUCUCGUGAAAAACGUACAUUUUGGAAAUGCUGUCAUUACUAAAUGUGUACGGUAUUUUACCAUUUACACAUUUGUAUUUUUAUCAGUCUUCCUCAAAUGAAGGGGGUGAUGACACAAACUUUGUGAGAGGGAGGGUAUCUGAUUUCAUUGGUCCUCAACUCGUGGCUCAGACACUCCUUAUACGUCCAUUGGACAAUCAAUUCAAAGACCAUUAAAAGGUGGAGAGAGGACUGGAAGCCAGUGUGUUUUAAAAGUGUAAAUUGGGUCACUGGCUUUUAGGCUGGUUGUGAUUUUGUUUUGUUUGUCGGUUUUCAAUCCCUUUGAACUGUUUGUGGAGAUGGGUAGGUGGGAAGGGAAAGGGGGAUUCCUAGUCAGUUGUACAACUGAAAUGUCUUCCACAUUUAGAAGCUGCAUGUUGUGAGGUAUGCUACCCGACACUACAACAGAAUAAGCUAAAAGAUGCCAGGCUAAGAAUUGGACAGGAACUCUGCAAUUUUUGCAACACAUAGUUGGUGUUUGAGUAAUUUCAGUUGCCACAAUUGUUUGUAUUUAACAGAUGAAAGAGUGAUUCAAAGUAAUCUGAAUCUAAAAUGAUAUCAGACAUUUCACACUAAGGGCAAUCGGGGAUGUGAAGCUACUUGUACUCAUUCAUGAUGCACCUAUAUGGACUGGUAACUUUAGAUAUAUUCUCAGUUGUCGAUCCUGACCGGUUCCCCAGAAUGGAAUUUCCUUGGGAGAAUUCUAAUCUAGAACAUCAAGGGUGAAAUCAGGUUCUUGAAUGCAGCAAAUUAGCUUAUCACUAGCUAGUGCCAGACUAGGCAUGUCUUCUGGUCCAGUGAACUUAGUUACUGGCUGUUUCCUGGGUAGCCAAAGUGUAGGUGAGGAUGAGUACAAGAGAAAGCAAAACCCGUAUGCUAUUUGAAGUGUUCGGUGAAGGUGUACAGUUGUUUAUUAUAGAUGGAUAUAUCUAUCUAUAUCCCUGUCAGAUUCACAAAUCCUUAAUUUCAGUUUAGAAAUGGUUUCUGGGGGUUAGUUAUGGUUGUAAGCACCUUAAAUGUAUACCAAAAUUAUAAAGAGUAGGCCUACUAGUUGGGAGAAAGUAACUGGUUGGAAGAAUGAAGCCUGUUGAUUUAGUGGGUUGUAACAUUUCCUAGAUAUCAGUGGUUAGACUGUUUUUGGGGUUUUGUCCCCAUAAGUAAUUUAUUUUCAUACAGAAAACAAAACGUGUUGCCAUUACACAAGUUCAUCAUGGAAUGUCUCCUUUUGCUAAUAUUUUGUCAUUUGGACUGUACCGAUCGCAAAGCAUUUUUUUUCCACCCCAAAUUUGAGAUUUAGGGUUCUGAUGUGAUAUGUACCUACCAUUACAAUUUUAUCAAGCAAUACAUGGGAAAUAAAUCAAUAUAGUUUAAAAAGAUAACAUUGCAUAUAUAUAAAUGACAUGUAAAUAUGAAUAUUCAUAUUGUACAAAUAAAAUAACUUUGUUAGAAGAGUUUGGAGUGAGAUAAGAGGGUGAAUAUUGGGCAGAUUGAGAGCAUCAUGGUCUGGUGAUCCAUCUGUUUUGAUGUAGCUAGCACGAGUUAGUCUACCUAAGUGAUUCAGGUGCACAUUUCGUUUUUGAAUGUAAUUAUUUGUCCUAGAUUUUAAUCCUUGGCUUUCUGUUAUGGAUGUUUGUCCCUCCAGUCAAGUAACUUGCUAUGUCUAGCGUGAGUGGUUGCAUCAUGGGGAGAGAAGUUAUGACAUUACCUUAAACAGUACAGUAUACGCCAUACAGUACCAUUGACUGUUUACUAUUCAGUAUGUGAUAAGGAAGUCCCAAUGUGUCUGUAUAUAAAAUGCUGUGUGUUUGAUAUGAAUAUAUUACUUAUUUCUCUUGCACCCUCUGUCAGGGUUUUAUAGUUUCUUUAAUAACCAAUGGAUCAUGUAUUGUACAGUUGAAGUCGGAAGUUUACAUACACUCAGGUUGGAGUCAUUAAAACUCAUUUUUCAACAACUCCACAAAUUAUAUAUUUAUAGACAAGGAAUUUUAACUAGAAUUAAAUCUAAGAAAUUGUGAAAAAAGGAUUUUAAAUGUAUUUGGCUAAGGUGUAUGUAAACUUCCGACUUCAACUGUAUCUAAUAAUACUCAAAGGGUUUCCUUUAAUGGAAGCUUCUAUAAUGUAAAACAUGUUAAGUGUGGUGUACCGCAGGGCAGCUUUCUAGGCCUCUACUCUUUUUACCAAUGACCUGUCACUGGCAUUAAACAAAGCAUGUGUGUUCAUGUUUGCUGAUGAGUCAACCAUAUACGCAUCAACAACCACAGCUAAUGAAGUCACUGAAACCCUUAGUGUUGCAGUCUGUUUUGGAAUGGGUGGCCAGUAAAACUGGUCCUGAACAUUUGUAAAAAUCAUUCCUUAAGUUCUAGACCUCAGCUGAGUCUAAUGAAUGGUGUGGCUGUUGAACAAGUUGAGACAAAAUUACUUGCCGUUACUUAAGAUUGUAAACGGUCAUGGUCAAAACAUAUAGUUGUAAAGAUGGGGAGAGGUCUGUCCGUAAUAAAGAGAUGCUCUGCUUUUUUGACACCACACUCCAAAAAGCAAGUUGUCGAAUCUUGAUUAUUGUCCAAUGCUGCAAGGGAAGACCUAGUUAAGCUGGCCCAGAACAGCAGCACAUUUUUAUCUUAAUUGUAAUCAGAGGGCUGAUACAAAUACCAUGCAUGCCAGUCUCUUGGCUAAGACUUGAGAGACUGACUGCAUGACUUCUUUUUAUAAGAAACAUUGUGUUGGAAAUCCCAAAUUGUUUGCAGAGUCAGCUGACACACACACACACCACCAGGGGUCUUUUCAAAUUCAAGAAAGAGUACAGUAUUAUAUAGAGCCCUUAUUGCUCAAAUAAACCGCCAACCUAGAUAGUUUGUAUUAAUAGGCUACGUGUGCCUUUAAAAAAAAUGUAGUUCUGUCCUUGAGUUGAGGUCUUGAUGUUCUGUAUUGUCAUUCUGGUUCAUGUUUUGUGUGGACCCCAGGAAGAGUAGCUGCUGCUUUUGCAACAUCUAAUGGGGAUCUUAAUAAAAUACCAAUAACGAGAA